AUGGUAGACAGUGUGAACUGUGAACUGAGAGUCAUUAGGAGUGAAGACAAAAGAGUUGUCUUGGUAACCAAGCCUCUGGCGAUCAAUAGUGCCUAGGUUAUCAUAUUGGCCGUGUUCAAUUUCGCGUUAUCGUGGACCGAGUUUUGACUCCCUUCAGCCGCGUUUUACGACUUCAUCGCCAACAUUGUCCAAGAAUAUCUGCUUCACGCACUUCCUUUUCUUGUGCUGAGCAAAAAAAAGCGGUUAAUCCUGAGCCCGUUCGGGUAGCUAAUGAGAAAACGGGAUUCGCUUUUUAUUGCCCACGGGCUCUGCCAGCGACAUAAUAACUGUUGUUAUGAUAAACUAACCUACAUGUAUCAUGCGUGUAAAUGCCAGAAAGAAAUUAACUAACCAAAAGACCUCUCUUGUCAGGAAAUUAUGUAAAAGCUUAUUGAAAACUGAAAUGGCAUGCUACUCUUGAUACCAAUUCCAACAUACUGAAACCAUAAUCACUUGAAACUUUUAAUGGAUAAACUGUUAGAUUUUCGAACCACUUCGUGAAAGCGGUCACCCCUUGGUCCCUGUUUACAUUUUAGAUAAUGGUAUUUGCUUAUAUGCUGGAAAGAAAUAUUGAUCAUGAUAUGCAAAGAAGUUAUCAAAAUAUCAACAAGUCUACGUUCAUUUGUCUAUCAUUGUAAUUGUAAUGUUUUUUACUUUACGUCCAGUCGUUCCAGUAAUUAACAUAACCAUGGUCUUUACCAAUGAAGGUUGUACUAAUGGAAAAUUCAACCAAUCCUCAUUAGUGACGAGGCUAAAAAAAGUGGUAACCAUUUUUUUGUUUUAUCUAGCUAUUCAUAUCUAAAUUACUAAUAUUUCUGCAGUUGCGGUAUAUUACCUGCAAAUCCAUGCAAUUGCAAUUAUAGCUUCGGUUGUUUUUCAAUUACAGUUAACCGCAAUUGAAAAAGAAACUUAUUUGAAUAAACUCAAACAUUCCGAGUGAGUCUGUGCGGUGCUUUCGGAUGCAUGCUCUGAUGUGGUGUUUGAAAGACGUUAUUAAUUACAAAUUGAAAAUAAACCAUCAUUUUUAUUCUGUAAACAUUGAUAUGUUUACCUGAUUGUGUGGUGAUCUUUAAAGGUGCUUUUCGAUUUCAUGUUCAGUUUGCUGUUGUUUCCAUUAACAGAUGGAAGAGGCUUUUCCUGGGAGAUUUACAGGUCUCAGAAGUGUGCAGUUGAAAAGUGGCAUUAGGUUUGUAAACUGCCUGGAUUAGCAAAUGAAUUAUAAUUUUCUGGAUUCUAAGGUGCUCUUCUUUAUUUUAACCCUCAUAUUUUCUCUUAAUUAAGGUGUGGAAGAACAACUGUUAACCUAGCACUUAAAUUUAAUUCCAAAACAAAAGAGCAAGAUGUUAUUGCAGUACUUCGUAAUGCUGCCAAAGAUGGAAAGCUUGGAGGCUUCAAUGUGAGUGCAACAAAAAGGACAAGAUCGCAAGCUGAUUUCGACACUGGAACUACAGAAGCAGGCACAGUAACGCUAACUGCUGACAGUAAGUUUUAAGUCUUUUGAUACAUACACUGUAGUUGACUAGUAGCAAGAUUUCACAGGAACGUUUAUCCCUCAUAUGUUCUUCAGUGAAGUGGUUAAUUGGAGUGGGAUUUAAUUACGAGUAUAUUCAGCAUUUGGAACAUUCUUCCUAUGUAAAUGGUAUCCACGUCAGCGUACUUUGUUGUAUUGAUUUGUUAAAACAUCAUACGUAUAUAGUCUAGUGUCUCAUUCUGCAUGACACCGCAAAAGAUAAGGGCUGUAGGGUGAUAGGAUAGGUGAAGUAUGAAAUAACAAACAAACAGAACAAUGGCGCAAACAAUAACUUGCAAUGCCUUUCUUUCUUAACUCCACCAGCUAAUGAGCUAGGGCACAAGAUCUCAUCCAAUAAAAAAUCAACUCGUGUAUUUUUCAGUGGUACUUUUACAUAUCUAUGAUAUUUUUUUGAUACCGCAAGCAAAUGUCGCGAGAACGAUAAGCCUUCUGCCCGAUGUGGUUAGCAUUGAUUCCUGCUUGUCUUGGUUCUUUAUUCAGACCCUUACAUGAAUUUUGUAAAGUAAUGAAUCGUUGCUCUUAUUUUGGCAGAAUACAAAAAAAAACAUAUAUCACAAGAGCAACAAACUAGGAAAGAAAGCAAAGCAUUUGAAAUCAGGAUCCAACGUUCAUUUACUUUAUUUUUAGUUCUCACAAAAAAUUCGGCACUGAUAUGAUUGAGAAAUGAUUGAGAAAGUGCUCGUACGUACACGUAUGUACUACAUACAGGCUUCUUCAAUAAUUGUAAAGUAACCAGGAAAAGUAAUGAAAAAUGCUCCCAUCGACUGUAGUUCAGUGUAAACCUAAGAAAUUUCAUUUUGCUGGCUCGUAAUUCUAAUUAUUUUUGAAACAUCAUAAAGAAUAAGUAAGGGAAGGGUACUGGUGGAAUAACUGUAAUCUAGUUCUCAUACUUAGUUGGAGUUCUUCUUGUAGGUAUCAACAUUACAUUUUAUUAGGCUUUUAAGUAAUUUUACGCGAAUUAGAUAAAAACUUGUAUGCGUAGAGAAAGGCAUCAAGACUAAACUGGCUAAGUGGAGAAUUGCAAACAUAUUAUUUGUGGAGGCAUAUAUUCAUAUGUUGUUUUUCUUGUGUUUUCAAGGUGCCCUGGGGAUUACUGUUGGUGUGGUGGUUGGAUCAAUUGCAGCACUGGCGGUUGCUUCAGGAAUAUUCGUCUUUUUCGUAAGGAAGUUAAGAAAGCGCAACAGCAAGAACUCAAAUGGUAAGAGUAGUAUUUUAAAAUGCCUGCUUUGGAACAUAAGAAAAACUGCGUGUUACCAAGCAACUAAGAAGUUUGUGUUGUUUGUAGCCUCAUUUAAAAAUAAGGCAAGUUUGAAGAUUUCGAAACAGUUCUAACAAAUCCCUGUUUGUAAGAGGUAAAAAGAUGUGUUUGUCUAACUUCGUAAUAAAAGAUGUAACGAAAUUAUUAGAUCGAUUACAAACUUAUUAAAUUUAAAAAAACUGAAAUUCCUGCGCAAUGAAAGAACAUUGAGGAAAAAAGAACAACUCAAUACUACUGCGGAAAACACUGAAAACAAGAGUACGUAAAAGUGUCCGCGUCAAUUUUCAUUGUCAGGGUCUAAGUCUGUGGAAGCUAGAUUGGCUGAUAUUGUGAAAUCACGCGGACCGAACGUGAAUACCAAAAGAUGUGAUUUGAGAUUCACAAACUGAAAAAAAAAAUUCAACAACAGUAACGUGGUAGGCAAACCCGAGUCUUAAAGCCUCUGAGAGUUUGGGUGAGGUUAGGUGAACACGGCAGAUCUCCUGUAUGAUCUGUUGUGUUCAUGAAAUACAGACAUAUCCAAAUAUUCACGACCGUGAUUAUAUGCCCUCAUUUGAUCGAGUCUCUAUCAUUUUAAUAAUUCGAUUAUAGCCCUAGACUUAAUGACCGCUUUCUGCUUAAAUUGUCCAUGUAUUAAGUGAGAUAAAUGUCAGAAGACAUCAUUCUGCAUUUCCUUUGUACUAUUUUAUUACUUUCUCUUUACAUACUUUUCAAGCUGGUUUUUCAUGUUUUUCAUACUUUUUUUUCUGUUUUUUUUUUCUGUUUUGGAAUCAGGAAAAAGAGAAAGGUGAGAUUUCUAGAACAAUGAGUUAUCGUCGAAUUUCAUGUUUUGUUGCAAACUGUGUACAACUGUGAACUUGCCUAAUGUUAGCAUGGAUUAUGAUAAUUAUGCUCAGAGCAAGAGUGUCAUCUAAAGUCAGUUUCACAAAGCAUCCUUAACGUGAUGACUUUAAAACUGCUCACGAGUGUGGGCUAUCCAGACAUAAUUAUCUUUUCUUAGAGUUUGUCCAUCAAAGGAAAGGCGCAGAUGCUUAGCUCCUAAUGUUUAUGAUACCUUUUUUGCGCCAAUACAGUAGCGAAAAAUGUGACAUGCUGUAACUAAUCAUUUCAUAGCUAAUACUCAUGGAGUACCCAGAGGUGUGCUUUCCAGCCGAAAAAAUUGUCAACGUGUUUCAUCCGAUAGAAUUUGGAUCAGAGAAAAAAUAUGAUAUUUUUCUUUAACUUUUAGGAAAAACAGAAAAACAACUGAAGAAAUAGGACAAGUCGUUGUAAGUCGCUUGAAGAUUUUAACUUUUAACCUUUUUCUGGUACAAUACAGUAUAUCGUUGUUUUUUCCAAGAGGGCACGGUAACGAAUCCUUCAAUCUGAUUGGUUCUUAGCGCAGUCCGGAUUUUCCUACCCCUGCCAAUGGGCAUAGUAACCCUUUUAUGGAUCGCAGAGUGCAUUCCUAGUUUCGUUGCAAAUUUUUUCACAAAUAUACGUUGCCUCACCGGCUAGGCAGCAUUUUCAAGCGCAGACUUCGGUCACGAUCUCAAGCCGUAAGUUGAUUAAUUAUAAUUUGCUCGCUCUUUCUCAAAUCAAUUUGGUUGCUUGGAUUACUGUUCUGAAGUUUGCAUAGAAGUCUUUUAAAUCACCGUUAUCAUAACGCAAAUAAAAAUGUUUCGGUGAUGCCUAAAUCUUUCAUUUGUUUUCUCUACUUUCUACUCGCUAAAAAAUUAUUCAAUUUAUGGAGGAUCUUGCCUUAAUUACAGGUACCCAUAGGUUUAAGAACAAAAUUAUUUAAAGCCUUUUUCGGUCCGUAUUGGGAAAACCUGUGCCCUCUGCCUUUUUUUCCCGAAACGGAUUGUCUAAGGCUGGUGAAUAACAUGUAUGUACUUUGACAGAUAUUGGUGAUCUAAGUUUAUAUCAUUCUGUCUCAAUUGCGAAAUUACUAUGCAAAAGCACUUUUAAUAACACCACUGGAGCUUCAUUCUCUUUUAAGCGCGAUACGUUUUGUGUCUUUGGAUAAAAACUGUACAGUGUUGACAAUGUCGUUUGCAUUUGAUGAAAUUAUUUAUAACCAGCGACGGUUUGUCUUUUAGUCUUCAGUUAUUCCUUGUUCACAUCUGUUCCACCCUCGCUCUGCGAAGCCAUGAUGGCAUUAAUAUUCUUUUAAGAUGCCUCUAAGGUACAUUGCACAACUGAUGACAGAGACGAAGCUCAACACCCCGCAAAUCUGAACAAUCAUUAGUGUAAUCUGUAGGAAACAGCCGAAUAAAAAUUAAAGUUUAGUACGCGCAAGCACCUUUUCUCGAUUUUUUAAAUUUUCAACUGGCGCACUUUCAGUAAUAACUCCAAAGAAUGGAAAAUAGUGUCAUAAGUAGUUAUGAAAUUCCGCUGGGAAAAAGCUGAGAAAAAAUUAAAAAUUUGAUACGAGCUAGCAUAUAUUCUUUUUUUUACUGUUAACUCUGCACGCCUCUUAGUAAUAGUUUCUAUAAAAAAGGGAAGAAAGUGUCUUAAGUGGUUAUAAAUUUCCGGAUCAUACGCUAAAAGAAAGUGGAAUUAUAGUUAUAAUGUUAUGCAACAUUUGCGCAUGAAAACUGCAUACAAGAACAACGAAAUGUUGUAGCUGUAGCUCUAGUUAAUGAUUGCGUUUAUUUUUUCAAACUCAAAAGACUGGACUUGAAAUGGCGGAAGCUUCUCAAAGCCAGAAGUGCUUGGCAUUGGAUGAGCGGAAUCGGUCACCUUCCAUGACAGAUUCAGGGUUGGCGAACUGUUCACAACCAGGCCAGUCCGUCACUGAAAACACCUCUCUAUAUCCAUCACCACGUUUUUCGAAGAUUCCUUCAGAGCUCGUGACUAUAGAAAAAGUCUUUGGUCAAACUCAAAAGACUGGACUUGAAAUAGCGGAAGCUUCUCAAAGCCAGUAUAUGGCAUUGGAUGAGCGGAAUCGGUCACCUUCCAUGACAGAUGCAGGGCGGGCGACCUGUCCACAACCGGGCCAGUCUGGCACUGAAUACGCCUCCCUAUUUUCAUCACCACGCUGUUGGGAGAUUCCCGCAGAGCUUGUGACGAUAGAAAAGGUCGUUGGUGAAGGGGCUUUUAGUCAGGUUGCCAGGGCAACAGUCAUAGGCCUCCAGGGAAGACCAAAGAAGACGCUUGUGGUUGUUAAGAUGUUGAAAGGUAUCAAGUACUUCAAAUAAUUAGAUGUGUUUCAGUGAAAUUUCGAAGUUAACACUCCCCUCGAAAGAAGUAACCUCAAGCAGGUAGCAUCAAAAAAAUUCCGCCUUCUUCUCGAUCCUGACGGUAGCAAAGCAAGCCCAGUCUCUCUCCCUAAAUAUGGAGGGGAAGGUUCGUUUAGUAGUAUAUCUAUUCUUCAAUCAGUAUUCAACUAAACGUGACCUCAGUUAAUAGAUCAGGGUCGUGAGACAAUUUGAAACCAGGUAUUAACCAUGAAUGAGUUGACCAGUCCUGUGUACUCGAAACACGACAAGCGUCUCACGUGGCCUCAACAUGAAACUUGAACGUUCGUUGUCAGCUGGUUCAGCACCCUCUGAUAUCAGAAGUCGUAAAAUUUUCCUCCAAGUUAAUCGGAAGAACUACUUUUUUUCCGCAAGAACUUAUCAACACAAACGUUUUUAAGUAAAAAAGUAAAUUAUUGUCAACAAUCAACUCUCCUCCCUCCCUCUAUUCAAAGGUAGCAAACCUCAAAAACUGCUUUUUCCGAAUUCAAAUUGACAUAAGGGUCGUCCCUUUCGACAUGAAACGUCAGUGGGAAAAGAAAAAUCCAUGUUUCUGCUGAGAGUAUGCCACUUAGCAAUUGCUUUGCAGAAGUCUUAUUUUAAUUAAAUUAAGUAUCGUUAAAGCAUGGUCAUACUGGUACAGCAGUGGAAUGAAGGGUUUUGUCAUUGUAUAUGUCGACUGAGAACUGUGUUUAAAAUUAUAUUUACUUGUAGAGUGUAAACGAAGUGUUAUGGUCUCAGUUAGGUCGGUCUCAUUGAGCUUUACACGUGAGCCCCAAAGAUAAACUUGUUUAAGAUAUUUCAUAACAUUAUGACUAUUUCACGACCUUAUGAUUUUGAAUAAGAUGUUCAAUCACCAAGCAAAACAGAGCUCAGAGUCAGAAGGGAAAUUUGCAACUUAAUUCGAUUCAGCAAGAGAACGUCAACUGACAUCCUCUUGAGUUCAGCUACUGCUGUUGUUUGUAAAGGUAACAGCUGUUGGGUGAUCGUCUUGCAGAUGACGCUUCUGAGUCGGACAGGAAGGACUUGAUGUCCGAACUUCGAUUGAUGAAGAAACUCGAUGCUCAUCCUCAUGUCACUGAACUUCUGGGAUGUGUCACGAAAUCUGGUAUAUGUGGAAAAAUAUACUUUAAAAGCCCAAACAAUUAUUUUCAUCAUUUUCCAGCAGAUCUCUUGCAUAGUAUAAACAUAUUUCAUGUUUCUCAUGCUCCACAGAGCCAUUGAUGGCGUUGAUUGAAUACAUUCCCUAUGGAGAUUUAUUGGGAUACCUCAGAAAGAGCCGUGGAUUGAAUGAUACUUACUUCGAAGACCCGGAUAUCAAACCACAAACAAAUCUGACGUCAGAGCAGCUUAUGAAGUUUGCGUGGCAAGUUGCCGAUGGAAUGUCGUAUUUGUCAUCGAUACCAGUAAGCAGGAACGUUAUCUACUUACUGAAAUGUUACUUUGACGCAUGUUGCUGAAAUCGGACAUUGGUCCCGACUUUUUUCUUUUCAUUAAAUUCGUCUGGAUCCCCCUUAAUUCGUUUCAACAUUAAAGAUUUGAUUUUAUUUGUCGUAGAUUAUCCAUCGAGACCUUGCAGCUCGUAAUGUGUUCGUUGGAGCGGGGGAAACGUGUAAAGUGACAGACUUUGGUAUGGCCAGAGAUGUCCUAGAUGAUAACAUUUAUCAAAUGCGGUCAAAGGUACUUAACUAUUUUGAGCCAAAAGUUGGUGUCGAAAUUAGCUAGGGAGAGUGUUUGUCUGUAUUUUUAGAUUUUCAGUUAAUCACUGGCUCUGUUUGCUGUUCUCCAACAUAUCAUAUUACCGCUAGAAUUUGUCAACCAAGGUAGGGAUGUGUGAUCAGUCUACUACACGCAAAGUUAUGACUUUCAUUCUUGCUCUUUUCUGCACUUUUGCCGAUCAAUUCAAUGCUUUUCAUCAAGGGACGUAUCCCUCUGAAGUGGACAGCUUUUGAGGCGCUGCUUUACGGGAAAUAUUCUACCAAAAGUGACGUGUGAGUACAAGGACCACAUUAACAUUAUUUUUUAAGUUUAAUGGGAAUAGCCUCUGGGAAAAAUUAAUGGCUUUCUUCCGUAAGUACCGGCCCGGGAUCAGCUCAUAUGAGUGCGCUUCCCACAACGGCUUACAGAAGAUGUUAAAAUUGUUUCCAAAGACAAGAACGAUUAUUUCUCUAAAUUUAUGCCGUUUGUUCUACAGGUGGAGCUACGGAGUUCUCCUCUAUGAGAUUUUCACGAUUGGUAAGUUAAAGAACUGAUGGACAGACCACUAAUUUUAGCCUUAAAACUCGUGUUGACCCGCCAAGAAGUCGGUAGGCUCAGCUGGGAAAAAGAUGAGCAAUGGUGCAGGAUGUUUAAUGUAAAGCUAUAUUUACAAAUGUUGGAACAUUUUUGUAAGGUGUAUUUUGAGUAGCUUCUCUAUUUCAGGUGGCUCGCCGUAUCCAAAGAUGGAUGGAGGACAAAUUUUAACAUCGCUAGAAGCGGGAUAUAGAAUGCCUAGACCACAAUACUUGGAUGAUAAGUUGUAUGAAAAAAGUUUGUCCUUGUUGUUGCUUCUCUUACGACACCUUUUCUCUUAAAAUAGUUUUUUGAAAUUAGGGUCUUGAGAAUUUUUGGCUGUAGUCAAAAUUUAACUGGCUUUACUUGUUGAGCCAGUCUACCAACGGGAAAUGUUGGAAUGAUACGAGUUUGUAUCUUGUGAUUAGUAAUGGUAAAGGGACCGUGUGGAUUCGAAUCGGUCUGUAUUCUUGCGUGUGAUAGCGGGAGUCCAGUUCCUCUACUACGGAUAUGAUUACAGACCGAAUUGGACGACACGAAGUCUUAUUAUCAGUUGAUCAUAAAAAUUACAAUUUCUGAAUUAAAAAACUGACAAAGGAGGCGUGAAUUGUUUAAUGUCGCUCCGAAAUUGUCUACAAUUCAAACAUAAACAUUCGCCAUUUGGGAGAAAGCCCAAAUUUAGGAGUCUGUACAUUGUUUCUAUGGUGAUUGAAACCAAGUUUGUGAUUGGUUGAUUUUAAAAUACAACUUUGAAUGUCUGAUGAAUGUUUUAAGAUAACAUAAUUGCUGAUAACUACUUUGCAAAUGAAUAAAUGGAAAAUAGGAGUUUAUAAAACCAAUCACAAUAAAGGAAAUUGCAAUUUUUUGUGAUUAGUAAGAAAAGGACCAAAUGGUCCUACUAUACCUUUAUGGAAAAAUCACAACAUUUUAGGCCUAAUAACGCCCUUACUGAUGCCACCAAUAAGAUGCUGAGAUAUUCUUGACGUUAUUGUUAGGUAUGACUUAAUGACAAACUGUUGGAAACACGACCCUAACUUGAGACCAUCUUUUGAGGAUAUGAGGAACACACUGAAAGAAAUGGAAGACCACCAUAAGGUAGAGUUGUAGAUUUUUCAAAGGGAAUUUCUAAACUUUGAUCGUAGUUUGCUCUCGCACAUACAAGAUACACAUUAAGAGUAUCGUUAACCUCUAGUUGGCAAAUCUUGUGUAUUGCCACAGUUCUUUAGAAAAUUACAGGAGUUUGGAAGCUACUUUAACUAAAUUCUGAGGUAAAAAUGACAAAUCAGAAUUCCAUCGAUUGUUCUUACAUUAGUUCUAAAGUUGUUUUGAAGACACGGAAAUGGGAUUGAUUGUGCAUUUCAUGAAAUUCUCUGAGUCCAUCGGCGAAAACCUAACGUAAAUACGAAGUCGUAUUCAGGUAGUACAAGUGUGCUCCUUUGAACGUUCAGUUCACCUAUUUUUAAAUAUGAUUUCACCAUUAAUAUACUCUUUUGGGAGAAAAAAAGAAAAAGCUUUAUUGCAAGCUUAAGAGAGUAUGCAACACUCUAAACACUUGACUGUUUUUCUUUUUUUUUCAGGGCCUGAUAAAUUUAGAAAAUUACGAUGAUCGACUCUAUGUUAAUGUUGACGAUCUUGCCGAGUAAGCGAUUGCAUCCUCAUGGAGCACAGGAUGGAUUGAUAAAUCUGAGAUUUUAUGCUUUUUUGGAUGAGGUUUUAGUCUUUCAUGUGUUAAUUAAGCAAGUAAAGAAACAAAAAAUAACAGCGACGCGAGG